AUGGCUGAAUCACUCAAUCCUCCUCUCUCUUACGAGCCCUCUGCGACCACGACCCACAUCCAUGAGGCCACAUCCCUGCCAUCCGAAGUGGUGUCUUGCCUGAAGAACUCCCGUUUUCUUCAUCUUGCAACAUGUGAUAACCUCACUCCUCACAUCUCCCUGAUGUCUUACACCUAUCUCCCCUCCACUCCAUUCGACCCGUACCCGACCAUCAUCAUGACCACGAACCCCUCCUCACGAAAGACGAACAACCUGCUUUGCAACCCUCGUGUCUCCCUCCUAGUCCACGACUGGGUCUCCCAUCGCCCACCCACCCGAGCUCCAAACCCCCACGGAGAACGUGACGGCUCACCACCCCCCGCUGCAAGCCGGUCAUCACUCGCCAGCCUGCUCCUCAAUCUGAACACGAGUGCUCUCUCCAGUAUCUCCACGACCAUCACAGGUACUGCCCGCUUCCUCGAGCAAGGCUCUGAAGAAGAGGCUUGGUGCAAGGAGCGCCACCUAGAGAAUAAUACUUUUGAAGAGGAGGAGAUCAACCUCUUUGGUCGGCAGCAGAGCCAUGAUCCUUCUCAGCGCCGACCAAGCAUGGCCAUUGACAGUGAUGUCCGUGUAGUCACAGUGCAGGUGCGCGAGGGUCGCAUUGCGGACUGGAAGGGUGGUGUGCGUGACUGGAUCCUGCUUCCUCCCGCAGAUCCUCACGCAGGACUCGUCAAUGGCAUCUCUUCAUAG